AUGGGUGUUACCCAUAGCUCAGUCGUUCGCGACUGCUUGCUCUCCGCCGUGGGGAACAACUCCAACCUGCUCGCUUUUCAGGGUGACUUUGGGUUUUCCUCGAACAUUCAUCCCUACAACUUGGAAUUUCCUGUGGUUCCUACCGCCAUCACUUAUCCGCAAACUACGGAGCAAGUCGCCGAAAUUGUCAAGUGUGCAGCAAAUCACGACAUCAAGGUUCAGGCUUGCAGUGGAGGCCACAGCUAUGCAAAUUAUGGUCUUGGAGGAAACGAUGGUGCGGUGGUUGUUCAUGUGAAAAACCUCCAACAUUUCUCCGUUGACCAGGAAACUCACAUUGCGUCCGUCGGCUCAGGUACGCUUUUGGGCGAUCUUCAUAAUCGUCUUUAUCAUGCCGGUAGAAGGGCCGUCGCUCAUGGAAGCUGUCCUCAGGUCGGCAUGGGUGGUCAUUUUACCAUCGGCGGUCUAGGUCUAAUGUCUCGCGAAUGGGGCGCGGCUCUUGAUCAUGUCGAGGAAGUCGAGGUGGUUCUUGCAAAUGCCAGCGUGGUGAGAGCCUCUAAAACACAAUAUCAGGAUAUUUUCUUCGCCAUAAAAGGUGCGGCAGCCAGUUUCGGAAUUGUCACGGAAUUCAAGCUUCACACUCAUGAAGCACCAUCGGAAGCCGUUCAGUACACAUACGAAGUCAAUCUCGGCAACGUUGCUGAGAAAGCGCAGCUUUUCAAAGAUUGGCAGCAUCUCAUUGCGACCAAGAACCUCUCUCGGAAAUUCUCCAGUGAAUUUGUCCUUUUCGAAGGUGGCGCCUUGCUGUCUGGCACUUUCUUCGGAUCCAAAGAGGAGUUCAAUGCUUUCGGACUAGAGGAUCAUUUUCCAAUCAAGAAUCAUGGUAAUAUCUUGUACCUGACGGACUGGCUUGGCAUGCUUACCAGCCAGGCUGAGGACCUCAUAAUCGCGGCCAUGGGUGGCACUCCAGCGCCCUUCUACGCCAAAUCGCUGCCCUUUACGCCAGAACAACGCAUAACCGACGAGGGCGUCGAUUCAAUGUUCAAAUACAUUGCCACUGCAAAAAAGGAUACUGUCGCAUGGUUUGUGGUAUUCGACCUGGAGGGUGGUGCUGUGAAUGACCACGCCGUGAAUGCCACUGCUUAUGCCCACCGAGAAGCGUUCAUGUGGAUGCAAUCCUAUGCAAUCAGUCUUAUCGGUCCUGUCAGUUCUACCACCAAGGAUUUCCUCAAUGGGUUAAACAACGUGAUAACUUCUUCUCGACCUGGAGUCUACGGGGCAUACCCUGGGUAUGUCGAUCCCUACCUCAAAGAUCCACAGAAGUCUUACUGGGGACCCAACCUUGAGAGGCUUCAGAAAAUUAAAGCGAAGGUUGAUCCAAAGGAUAUAUUCCACAAUCCCCAGAGUGUGGGGGUGGGUCUCUAUGGCUAUUAG